AUGCUGUCGCUUCAGUGCCGAAGAAGCGCCCAGUGCAGCUCUGCAGCAUUGAAGAGCUAUGCUGGAAAAUCAAGAUAUGUCCGAUCACAAGGCCUUCCGAGCGCGUGUCGGACGCGUAGCGCAAUCGCUCAAGCAUCUUUGUGUCGCUCGUAUAGACGUACCUUUUCCUCCAACGCCAUCCGCUUGAAAGAACCGGCUUUUCUUGAGGGCUUCAAACAUUCUUUCCGCUUUCCUCCCGCAAGCCAUGAGAUCAAAGACCUGGCCACUGCAUCCAUUGGCGAGGAAGUUACUUUACACGGCUACCUAGGACCACGUGCGGACUUAUCGAAGGGGCUAUCCUUCGUUCCGUUGAUCAGCAAAGAUCUUCGCCACAGCGUACAAAUCAUCUCUUUAUCAAAGAAUUCAGAAAAAACACAUACUUUGCUCAAGAUUCUCGGUGCUCAAGACCCUGUCGCUAUCAGAGGUGUGUUGAAAGAGCGGAAGCCGACAAAAAGCGAGCACGGAGACAUUGAGAAGAUCACCACUGUAGAAGUCAGUCUGAAGGAAAUCUUUGUGCUGAAUAGGUUUCCGAGAGACGUCACAUUUCAGGAGGAGACGAAUUUUCCUGCCGAACUCCGGCAUUUGCAAAUCCGCAAGGAGCGAGGUUUACGGGAUGCUUUGGCCUUCCGGUCAAAGGCUGCGAACGUUUGUAGAGAUGAACUCUCUAACAAGCAGGACUUUCAAGAGAUCGAGACACCGUUGUUAUUCAAGAGUACCCCAGAAGGUGCAAGAGAGUUUCUAGUGCCGACAAGGACGAAGGGGAUGACAUACGCAUUGCCGCAAAGCCCGCAGCAGUACAAGCAGAUUCUGAUGGCCAGUGGCAUCCCAAAGUACUACCAGAUUGCCCGCUGCUUCAGAGACGAAGACCUCCGGGCCGACAGGCAGCCUGAAUUCACACAGCUUGAUCUGGAAAUGUCUUUCGCUACUGGAGAAGAUGUCAUGCAGGUUAUUGAGAAUCUCAUAAGACGACUCUGGGCCGACCUACUGGACAUCAAGCUGCCGUCAAAGUUCCCCCGCAUGGCCUACAACGACGCCAUGGCAAAAUAUGGCGUCGACAAACCAGAUGUUCGUCUUGGUAUGGAGAUUUCCCGCAUUGAGUUUAUGCUACCUGUGGACCUCGUGAGGAAGAUCGGACCUUUACUUGGCCCAGCGGUUGAAGUCAUGAAAUUGCGUGUCUCUGACGACCCUGCCGAGACACGAAAGUUCGUCGCCAAAUUUAUGGAGUCGCCCGACGCCACGCCUUUUCUUGAGAACCCGGAUGGACAGCCAGGCAUUUUCAUCUACGACACAAGUAAACCGCUGCAGGGCCUUCAACCCUUCGGUUUCGAGGCUUUUGAACAGGUCGAGGAGAUGCUAAAGCUUGAUGACGGCGAUCUUGUCGUCCUGCAAGCUCGCAAAAACGAACCUUUCUCCGGUGGAUCUACUCCUAUUGGUAACUUGCGGCUGGCCUUGCACAAGGCAGCAGUUGCGGGUGGCUACAUUAAAGCACCGCAAGGAUUCAAGUUUCUCUGGAUCACCGACUUUCCACUGUUCUCCCCAAGCAACGAUACUGACCCUGGCCAAGGCGGUUCAGCUGGCCUCAGCGCUACACACCAUCCCUUUACCGCGCCAAAGACCGAAGAAGAUGUUUCCCUCUUGUCCACCGAUCCCGCGGCAGUGCGCGCGGAGCACUACGAUAUUGUCGUCAACGGUGUAGAGUUGGGAGGUGGAAGCCGGCGUAUUCACGAUGCAUUGGUGCAAGAAUUCAUUAUGCGCGAUGUACUGAAGAUGAGCGAGGAGAGGUUGCAAGAUUUCAGACAUUUGCUUGAUGUGCUAAGCGCCGGAUGCCCGCCGCACGCGGGUAUUGCCUUGGGCUUUGACAGGCUCAUUGCGGUCAUGCUGGGCCGCGCGAGUGUGAGAGAUGUCAUUGCCUUCCCCAAGAGCGGGAAAGGUGAGGAUCUGUUGGUGAAGAGUCCCAACAAGGCCACGAAGGAGCAGUUGGAGACGUAUCACUUGAAGCUGCUUUAA